AUGUAUGGGGCCACCUCCGGCACAUCAGGCAUGUCCUGGCAGGCAGACCUGCCUGCGCAGGACAGCCUGCUUGCGAUCAGGCCUCUCAUCGUCGGCACCGAUGGCGCCCCUGAACCUCUGGUGCACAGAUCUUCCGCCAACCCACCACCCAUGCCUGUGCUGCUCGGCUGGCACGGUGCUGAGCCGACAGCUGCAGCCACCUCGCAGCUGCCGGGGCUGGCUGUGCAGCUGUGCACAGCCCCCAGCCCACUCUUGGGAGACCAGCACCGAACGCACCAGCAGCUGCUCUCGGAGGCCUUCGAGAAGUAUGUGGCGCAGAGCAGCGCCGCCAGAUAUGUCUACGGCGGCCGGCAGGCUCCGGCCGGGCCGGCCCCGGCGCCGCCGCCAGCCUGCCCGCCCCCCACGCCGGUGGCAUUCUGGGGAGCGCAGCAGACGCCGGCCCAGAUCCGAGCCAAGCUGGCCCCUGCCGUCUUGGGCGCUGCAGGACAGCAGAGCACGCUUGUGAGGCCGCAACCGAUCCGCCCGGCCGCCCCGCAGCUGACCGGCCGCGGCCUGGCGCCGUUCGAGUAUCCUGCAGACGCGCUCUUCAACCGUGGAUCAGACACAGGACGUGCGCCCGGCACACGUUCCCACAGCAGAGCAGCUGCCGCGGAUGAGACUGCUACCCCUGCCAGCCGUGCAGGCGCACACGAGCGUCAGGCUGCAGGGAGCAAUGCCCAUGCGGCAAGGAUGCUGUGCAGCCAGCCUGCUCUGGACAGCUGCAGCGGGAGCGAAGUGCUGCAACAAGGGGCUGGGCCUCAGAAGGGCGAAACCACAAAAGAGACAUCCCCGGCAACAGAAGCAUGCGAUCACCAGAGCAGCGGCGGGAAAGUUCCGGGAGCAGGUGUUGCCCAUAAUGACCCACGCUCGUGCAGCCGCGAGUCAUCCCUGGUGGACGCUUUGGCUGAUGAUCCCAGAUCAGCGCAGGCCUGUGAUGCCGGCGGCCAUGCCGCACAGCCUACUACCGUGAGCCCUGGCAAUUCUAGAGAAGAAGCCUUGCAAGAGGACGACUCAGCAGGUUGCACAGUGGCGCAAGCACAGCCGCCUCAGUCUCCAAACAGCUACAGGGAUGCAGCGGAGGCUGCGCAAAUGGAGCAUGCUGCAGCAGAAGCCGACCUUGACAGAGCAGGCGUCCAAGACUCAGAAGGGGCCCUUGCAGAGCUGCCGGCCUCCGGCAGGGAGUGCUCUGAGCCACACGGAAAUGUGGCGGUGGCCUCUGAGGCAUCCAUGGAAAGCGAUGGCGGCGUGUUGGUGCCUGUGGAGCUUCGGGAGGACGACAUCACUGUGGACCGUGGCAAGAUCCUAAGGGACAUUGCGCUUGCGACCACUAUCGGCACGCCGCUUGCCAGAUCGACCCCGGCGUGCACCGAGGUCCCCCCGCUGGCGGCUGGCCGCUCCAAGCGCGUCCCCGGCGGCGAUCCUCUCGCGAAUACGCAUGUGCGGCGACUGUGCGAUAUGCUGCGGGGCAACUCGCGGGAUUUCCAGGCGGAGGGGCGCGUGCUGCGGCUGAAGCAGUAUGUGAGCGCGGACAUCAAGCCGCCCCACAUCGACGCCAUCCUGGACGCCCUGGCUGUCAACACGCGCGUCGAGGUCCUCUACAUCCAGAAUUUCGAGUGGGGCAUGCUGGACCCGCAGCUGGAGCACCUGGCGCGCGUGCUGCGAAACAAGCGCGUGUGGGCGCUCAAUGUGGGCGAGAACUUCCAGAUCACCCUGCCAGCCUGGCAGCAAUUCACGGACGCUCUGCCCACCACCGCCGUCGCGUACCUGUAUGUCAGCGAGCACCACCUCGGGGGGACCAACAUCAAGAUCGCCAUGCGCGACGCCAUCCGCGUCAACCGCAAGGCGGGCCCUCAGAGGGAUCCGGAGGUGAUCAGCAAGGUGGGCAACAUGUGGUUCAACCCAAAGAUGCCAGGGCAGGCCCCCCGGCGGCCCCUCAAGCCUGUCAACGGGUCCUCCAAAGCAGCAGCGGCGGCGCCGGGGGCCAAGAGGGCACGCGACAGCGGCGAACAGGAUGCUGCCGCCCCCAAGCGACCGCGCAUGAGCGCAGCGGAGCUUGCACAGCACCGGCGGCUGCAGAAGCAGGCGCAGGCUCUGGAGCGGGCCGCGCUGCCGGACUGGCUGCCGGAGCAGGUUGUCAAGGCGCUGCGGUGCGCCACGAGCAACGAGACGCAGGAGAAGCCGCCGGCGCCGGCGCGGUCGCCGAGCGGCCAGGCGGCAAUGAAGCAGCGCUUGCGCAUUCCCCUCGCGCAGGCGCUACAAACUAGCUCCAACCGCCACCAGGCCGACCCUCUCACAGGCACGCUGCCCAACUACCAAGCUACCUUGCUGUCAGAUUGA